AUGUGCCACUGCAAUCGGAAGAAUGAUUCAGGGAAUCGCGAGAGCGACUGCCCAACUACCUCUGGGAAUUGGAGAUGUUCUGCACAACGGGCGAAGACUGGAUUGUGUCCAGACAACCGUUGCACCUGCGUGAACAGCGACACCGCGAAAGAAGUAGCCAGCAGAAAGACCGAGGCGGAGGUACAGAGGAUGUUCCACAGCUCCUUCUCGCCCUUCUUCGAUAAUUGGCAAGAGAUGAUGAUGGCGCGAAAGGAAGCCGGGAUGGGAGGGCAUAAUUUCUAUUGA